AUGAAGGAGGACGAGUCCCUGGACCAGUACGCCGGCAAGCUCACCGGCAUGGCAGUCAGGUACGCAAACCUGGGCGGCACUCUCAAUGAUGCUGCUCUGGUGAAGAAGUUGUUCAACACCGUGCCGGACUGCUUCAUCAACGUCAUCGCCGGCAUCGAGCAGUUCUUUGACUUGAACACCUUAGCGUUCGAGGAGGCGGUGGGCCACCUCAAGGCGUUCGAGGAACGCACGCGUCACGCACCCGGCAGUGCAACGGCAGAUGACCAGCUCCUCCUCACUCGGGCGGGUGAGUCCUUGGCGAGAGGCAAGACGCCGACGAGCGGUGGCCGCGGCCGGGGUGGCCGUGGCCGCGGCAGAGGUCGUGGCCGCGGCGGGCGCGGAAACACGCAAGGCAAGGAGAGCACUGGUGUCGCUUUGGGAGGUACCCGUGAUAAAAGCCACAUCAAGUGUUUUAACUGUGGCAAGUACGGCCACUACGCCAACCAGUGCAAGCAGCCCAAGGAGGGAAAGGCACAUCACGCGCGCGCCGAGGACAUCGAGCCGGCGCUCCUGCUCGCGGUGUUAGAGGAGCUGACGCCGCUCGAGCAAGGGCAAGGGGAGCACCAAGCCAUGGUCUUCCUCAACGAGGAGCAUGUGCGGCCGGACCUGCUCCUAGCUGAUGGUGGAGAGCUCAAUCGUGAUAGCUGCAAUCUCGUGAGCCUUGGCCAACUCACGGAGAUUCGGUACACGGUGGUCAUGGACGGGGCUGAACUCGAGGUGUUCGACAAAAUGUCCCUGAAGCUGAUCAUGAAGUGGAUGUGUGUGUAUGUACUGAAGAGCAAGGAUCAAGCCUGUGGUGUGUUCAUCAAGUUCAAGGCUGAGGUCAAGAACAUGUCUGGACAUUGCAUCAAGACACUGUGCUCCGACCGCGGUGGGGAGUUCCUGGCGUCCGUGUUCGCAGAUGUGUGCGAGCAGGCAGGCAUCAACAGGCAUCUUACUGCGCCCUACUCACCAUAG